CUAUUACGGUGGUAAUGAGGUCAUCGAUAAAGUGGAGGUUCUGGCUCAGAAUCGUCUGUUGGAGUUGUUCGGUUUGAAGCAGCCUGGACAGCCUUUGGACGAGGCCGAAUGGGGAGUGAAUGUGCAACCGUACAGUGGGUCACCUGCUAAUCUAGCUGUUUAUACCGGUCUCCUGAACCCUCACGAUCGCCUCAUGGGUUUGCAUCUACCUGACGGUGGACAUCUAACCCAUGGAUUUGCCACACUGACCAAGAAGAUUAGUGCCACGUCUAUCUUCUUUGAAUCUAUGCCUUAUGGAUUAAACAUAUGUGAUUCAGUCGGUGCUAUCUUACUAGCCGAUAUGUCCCACAUCUCCGGUUUGGUUGCUGCUCGUGUUGUCCCCUCACCGUUCACUCAUGCUGACGUAGUAAGCUCAACUACGCACAAAACACUGCGCGGUCCUCGAUCUGGUAUGAUCUUCUAUCGUCGCAAAGCACGUCCCGGGGCACAAGAACUUCAACCUCCUCCAUACGUCCCUGCUGAUCAACUGGAAUCGCGUUUGAAUAACGCCGUCUUCCCCUCGCUCCAGGGUGGACCGCAUGAAAAUGUCAUUGCUGGUGUGGCGUGUAUGGCGCGCGAGGUAAGUCAAGUCAAGUCAAGUAUUUGCUUUAUGCACCCCGAAAGGUGGAUAUUCAGCAGUCACAUAGUCAUCUAA